AUGUUCCGCUGUGUCGUCCGUUUUGGUGCCAAAGACAUCCGUUUUGGCACGGAAGCACGUCAAUCUAUGCUGAAGGGCGUACAACGCGCUGUGGAGGCUGUUGCAACGACCCUUGGGCCUAAGGGACGUAACGUGAUUAUCGAGCAAUCGUACGGUGCUCCGAAGAUCACGAAGGAUGGUGUAACCGUUGCGAAGUCGAUCGAGUUCAAGGACCCGUUUGAGAACAUGGGUGCGCAGCUCGUGCGGCAGGUGUGCAAUAAGACAAAUGACCUCGCGGGUGAUGGAACGACGACAUCGGCUGUCCUCGUUGCAAGCAUCUUUAGCGAGGGUAUCAAAUCGAUUGCAACCGGGACGAAUCCCAUUGACAUGAAGCGUGGUAUGGACCGCGCCGUGGAGGUGAUCCUGAAGAACAUCGAAUCUCAGAGCCGAACGGUAACAAAUACGGAGAACGUUGUGCAGGUUGCGACGAUUUCCGCGAACGGUGAUGUUGAACUCGGCAAGCUGAUUGGGGAGGCGAUGGAGAAGGUGGGGAAGGAUGGCGUGAUCACAACACAAGAUGGGAAGACAUUGACGACUGAGCUGGAAGUUGUGGAAGGCAUGAGUGUGGACCGCGGUUACAUCAGCCCGUACUUCGUAACUGACGCGAAGACUCAGAAGGCCGAGCUUGAAGAUGCGUUCGUGCUUGUGUCUGCAAAGAAGUUGAACAACAUUCAUACGAUCUUACCGGUGUUGAAUCACGUGGUGCGCAGUGGGCGACCAUUGCUGAUCAUUGCGGAUGAUGUGGAGAGUGAGGCCCUGACGACGAUGAUUUUCAAUAAACUUCAAGGAAAGCUGAAGAUUGCGUGCGUGAAGGCUCCAGGUUUCGGGGACAACAAGGCUGCGAUGCUGCAAGACAUCGCCAUUUUCAGUGGUGCCUGCGUUGUUGGUGAGGAAGGCAGUGGUGUGGAACUUGACGCUGAGAAAUUCGACGCCAGCAUCUUGGGGAGUGUGAAGAAGGCAACAAUCACGAAGGACGAUACAGUACUGUUGAACGGUGGUGGCGACGUUGCGAUGAUGAAAGAACGCGUGGACCUGCUGCGCGGGCUCAUUGAGCGCGAGACGAGUGACUAUAACCGCGAGAAGCUUCAAGAACGUCUUGCAAAACUGAGUGGUGGCGUUGCCGUAAUCCGCGUUGGUGGUGCUUCUGAGGUGGAGGUGAACGAGAAGAAGGACCGCAUCACAGAUGCCCUGUGCUCGACCCGCGCUGCGGUGCAGGAAGGCAUUGUCCCUGGUGGUGGCGCUGCGUUGCUGCGUGCGAGCAAAGCAUUGGACGGAUUACUACAGGAUCAGUCACUCACCGCUGAUCAACGGACUGGCGUGCAGAUCAUCCGUAACGCGGUGCGGUUGCCCGCCCACCGCAUUGUUGCCAAUGCUGGAAGGGAAGGUGCUGUUGUUGUUGAGAAGGUGCUCGAGAACACUGAUGCCGCUGUUGGUUACGAUGCGCAGCUUGAUCGCUACGUGAACAUGUUUGAAGCCGGAAUAAUCGACCCCGCGCGUGUGGUUCGUGUUGCGCUUACUGACGCUGCGUCUGUUGCCAGCCUCAUGAUGACGGCAGAGGCCGCGGUUGUGGAUUUACCGAAGGAUGAUGCACCUGCUGCAGGUGGUAUGGGAGGCAUGGGUGGUAUGGGAGGUAUGGACGGCAUGUAUUGA